UUCAUCCAUAACGCACAAGACUAGCGGAGCGACGCGCCGUCAUCAUGUUUGACUGCAUGGACGUGCUGGCCGUGAGUCCUGGACAGAUGUUGGAUUUCUACACGUCCAGCCCGAGCUCGUGCAUGCUGCAGGAGAAAGCUCUGAAAGCCUGCAUCAGCGGACUGGCGCACAGAGAGUGGCACCACCGGCGGAGCGCACACUCCAUUGAAACACAGAGCACCAGUUCUGAGGAGCUCGUCCCCAGCCCGCCAUCCCCGCCACCCCCUCCCAGAGUCUACAAGCCCUGCUUCGUCUGCCAGGACAAGUCGUCUGGAUACCACUAUGGAGUCAGUGCUUGUGAAGGCUGCAAGGGUUUUUUCCGCAGAAGCAUCCAGAAGAACAUGGUGUACACGUGUCACCGGGACAAGAACUGCAUUAUCAACAAGGUGACGAGGAACCGCUGUCAGUACUGCCGGCUGCAGAAGUGCUUCGGAGUGGGAAUGUCCAAAGAGUCUGUUCGAAAUGACCGGAAUAAGAAGAAGAAGGAGAACCCAAAGCCGGAGCUGGCAGAGAGCUACGAGCUGACAGCCGAGCUGGAGACCAUCAUCGACAAGAUUCGAAAGGCCCAUCAAGAAACCUUCCCCUCCCUCUGCCAGCUUGGCAAAUAUACCACGAACUCGAGUGCAGACCACCGUGUGAGGCUGGACCUGGGCCUGUGGGACAAGUUCAGCGAGCUGGCCACUAAGUGCAUUAUCAAGAUCGUGGAAUUUGCCAAACGAGUGCCUGGCUUCACGGGGCUGACCAUCGCAGACCAGAUCACGCUCCUGAAAGCUGCCUGCCUGGACAUUCUGAUCCUGCGCAUCUGUACAAGGUACACCCCAGACCAGGACACCAUGACCUUCUCUGACGGGCUGACCCUCAACCGGACGCAGAUGCACAACGCUGGCUUCGGCCCACUCACCGACCUGGUGUUCACGUUUGCCAACCAGCUGCUGCCCAUAGAGAUGGACGACACAGAGACAGGCCUCCUCAGCGCCAUCUGUCUCAUCUCUGGAGACCGUCAGGACCUGGAGGAGCCGUCAAAGGUGGACCAGCUCCAGGAGCCACUUCUUGAAGCUCUGAAGAUCUAUGUGAGGAAACGUCGGCCCAGCAAACCCCACAUGUUCCCCAAAACCCUGAUGAAGAUCACAGACCUGCGCAGCAUCAGCGCUAAAGGAGCAGAGCGGGUCAUUUCUUUGAAGAUGGAGAUCCCUGGUUCCAUGCCCCCGCUUAUCCAGGAGAUGCUAGAGAAUUCGGAGGGCCAGGACGGUCAGAGCAGCAGCAGCAGCAGCAGCAGCAGCAGCAGCAGCAGCAGCAGCAGUAGCAGCAGCAGUAGCAGCAGCAGCAGCAGCAGCAGCAGCAGCACUUCAGCCGAGGCGGUGGCGAGUCCCAGCAGUAAGGACAGCACCACCGAGGACGUCCCUGCUGCUGAGUCACCAGAGUCCUUGGACACAGAGGGGGCUACGGCCACACCACCCAGCGAUGAGCCCUAGGAGGUACCCACAGGUGACUCUCCAAAACUCUCUGACAGUCCUUUGCACAAAAAAAGGAACAGGCGGGCAAGGCUCCGACCUCCUAUAAUCCCUUGACCCCUCUCCUUUGCUUGGUAUUACGUUAUCUUUAUAUCCUCGUCCUCUUUUUCUCCCCUAAUAUUCCCUCCUUAAAAAGAAAAUGUUGACACGGAGGCCUCAAAGGAUCAGUGCUUUGUGUAUAAUUCUGAAUUGAGCUCUUAUUUGGCGUGGCGUCUCUGGGACCGGGACUGUGACAGGAGGGCGUGGCCCCCGAAUCCGCCAGAGUUGAUACUCCUCAGGUCUCCUGUGUAAAUUCUUCUCUGCAUGACGGGAGUGAUCAGUGGUUUUACUCCUCUCUCUCUUUUUCUCCUCAUCUCGCCAUCUCUCGUAUUGUUGGCAUCCGUACAUUGUACAUACCAUUGUAUGGUUAGAUCUCUGUUUCUAUGAUGAAUUUUGUGGUGCUUUUUUCAUUGUCUUAAAUAUUAUCUUUGAGGCGAUACAUUAAGGUUUAAGCGGGACUAAUUGUACGUCCCUGAAAAAGUUAUCUAGAAUGUUAUUGCAUAUAGACAUUAUGGAAGUCUAAUAUUUUAUAUUUGUUCCUAUAUUUAAAACUGUUUUUGUCUUUUAUAACACUUCAUGAGUGAGUGUACAUCCACACCGCCAGAAUGCAAAGCUUCUCUCCAUAUCGACAGCCGAGUCUGUUCAACUGUUUCCUCCAAGGAGGGAAGCACAACAGCAGAAGCCUUUGAUACACACUCAUCAGACCAAGCGUUUAAGUCGCCAUCUUGGCGAGAACGGUCAAGGUCCGUCGUAGAGAUUAGAUUUAGAAGAAGUCGCUCUGUGGUGUCUGUAUCUCCUCACUGAAUCAGUGUCCAAACAAAUCGGUUAAAUUAGGUCACUGAAAGAGGCCAGAGAUUUUUCUGCAGUGGGCUAGGAUCACAUCGAACGCUUCCCUUUACCUUACACUUCAACUGGACCAUGAUUCAGUUCAUACUAAGACGCACUUUAUCAUCAUCAGGGCAGGUUACAAGUGAGACAAGGCAAUGUAAUGCUAACGCAUCCUAACACACUAAUACAUAUUUAGACAAUUCAAAAACAGUGAUUUAUAUCCAAUUUGGGCGUUCAGAUACCCAGUGGUAAUCCUCAAUUUGUAGGCUGCGCCUAAACUUGUACUGAAAACACUUUGAUAUCUCUCAGCUCAGACUGCAUACAGAGAUAAUCUGGGAUGUCUUCAUCUGGACUGGUUUGGUUGUGUAGACGCAACUAGUACUGGCAAACAUUAAAGACCACCCUGUUAAUGGAGGUGAUCUCCUGUAUUCUGCUAGUAAACAAAAAGUAUGGCUUUAUUUAUGUCUGUCCAGCCUCACUCAGAGUGAUGGGCUCCUUUUAGAGAUCUGGAUUAUUUUGCUCAGCUCAGUAACAAGAGACAGUCUUUCAGCUCCCAAAUUGGUACUAUUUUGUAGGGAUGCACAAUUUUCUUGGCCUGAUAUUGGUAUCAGCAGUGCUAGCUUUAAAAGUUUAUUACCAGUAUGAACAUUUCUUCAGAUAUUUACAACCUAUCUGCUGCAAAUAAUAGUUGUAUACAUGGACUUCAACACUUCUUAAAACUUUCAAGGACUGAUGUUUCAGGUCUGAAUAACACUCAUGACUUAGUAUCAUGGGUAUUGGCUAAAAUUAUUUUUUUAGAUAGCCUUCCAUUGUAUACACUGCUUAUCCCAUUUGUGGUCACAGGAAGCUGGAGCUAAUCCCAGCUGCCAUUUGGCGAGAGGUGGGGUACACCCUGGACUGGUCACUAGUCAACCACAGGCCUGACACAGAGAGCCGGGCACCCACACACUCACACCUACAGGCAAUUUAGGGUCACCAAAUAAACUAAUGAGCAUGUUUUUGGUCUACAGGAAGAAGCCAGAGCAUUCGGAGAGCCCACAUGUAAACUGCAAAUGAAAGCCCUCAUCUAACUGAGAACUAAACAAGGAACCUCUUUGCUGUUAGGCAACAGCGCUUGAAAAUAUCACAUAUGAGCAAAAUCUAAUAACAUGCAUCCCUGCAAUUUUGCCUUUUAUGUCUUUAUAACAACACAAAAAAUGAAAAAAAAAUGGAAACGGUCUCUCAAAUAGGAGCCAGCUCAAGUUGUCUUGAAUAGUCAUUUUUAUCUUACCAGUGCCCUACAUGAUAAAUUUGUAAAAUAGUGUAUAAACAUGUCGUUUAAAAGCAUGUUCAUGACAACAUUAGGUGGAAAAGCUGUUAAAGAGGCAUCACUAGCCUUUUAGCUUGUGGAUAGCUGGCCACCAUUCAUUCUUACCAGCAGCAGCUCCACUGCAUACAGCAUGUAGGUAUACCUCUGUAAGAGAGCCACAGAAAUCAUGUAUUGGUUGUUGUUUGCAUUAGAGGUUCAGAGAGGUGGACUGUAAUUGCAGAGUAAGGAUGCAGAGUGUAGCCACUUGCUAUCCAAAUGCCCAAAAUGGAUUGUUAAUACAAAAUGUAAACAGGGUGUAAGACUCUACAUUAAAAAUAAGCAUCCACAUAUGCAGUGUGGAAUACAUUUGGCUUCACAUUGGUGAACUUGUAAUUCUUCAACCUAAACCUCCAAAAUGUAUCUAUUUUUCCUUAGGUCAGAGCAGAUAUUUCUCCGAAGCUUAAAGAAAACUUUCCCAAGCUUAACAAGUCAAGGGUACCUCAAAACAGGCAUAAAAAAGUGCCUAUUUUGUGAGCUGGUAUAAGUUGUGAUACGGAGAUCAUGACAAAGUGUUGGCUCUUGAAAACCUAGCCUUAACAUUAGAAAAAAUGUAUGGGGAUAUAUCAGACAGGUUGUAAGAGAGCUAGCAACUUAGCCUGGUUAUCUUAAUGUCUAGAAGUGUUGUAUUAGAUUUGAGAACAUGUUCACCUACACAACUAUAGUACAUAAGGUUAAGGAACUAAGAAGUUGGCUGGUGUGUCAUGAAAAUUUGGUCCAUAAUUUUAGCACUCAUUUUCUUUUUGUCUUUCGAAUAAGUUUGGCUAACCUCUCUGACAGCAAUGUUGCCGCUUUCACAGAUCAGAGCAAUCAAACAGACAAAAAAAAACCAGAUUCAUCCUUCAAGUUUUGACUUCAAAAGAAAAAUACUGUUUAAUACAAUGGCAGUUUGAGUGUUGCUUUCAUUUUGUUCACCAAAGUGACUGCUAAGAUCUUGUAAACCAUCAACAUUGCUUUAAAAGGUCCAACAGGGCAAAAAAAUAAAUAAAUAAAUAAGAGCGGUCAGACAAUCAGUUUUUAAUAAACCCUCAGGUUAGACAAACAGGUGUUAGAGACAGAGAAGAAGAUGCUGAAAUUUGAACCCCCAAAUUUUAACAUCUUUCAGUUCAUCUUCAGCCUAUUUCUAUCAUGUUUCCUUUUUGACUAGUUUUAUCACUCCCAAACACACCAAGAACAAAACUAACAAACAUAACUUUAAGCUAAAAUCAACACUGGUACUUUCACUGUCUGUGCUAGCGAAUUAAGUAGUCACAUUGCUACAAAUGGUCAAUACAGCUAAAAACCACGGUCAAAUGUAUAAGACAUUUAAGCUGUGCAUAUUUUAUUGUAGGCCUACUGUGUCACUUUGCUAACAUUGUUAACAAACCAGAUCUACACAAAUGUUUGUCUGUUAGCUGUUACCCAUUACCAAUAUCAGUGACAUUAUGUUCCUGACUUACUGUGAUCAUUUAAAAACCCUCAAGUCCUCUUUUAUUGUAUUUAUAGCAUCAAUAAUGAUAGACUGUUUCAGUAGCCAACACUGGUUUAAAAUAGACUGUUAACUCACCAUCCUCAGUGCUCAACAGUGAGCAAUGCUAGCCUAGCUUACAUUGCUCUUCUCAGACUGAAUCCCUUAGAUAUCUACAAGUAGUUCUUGCUAGGCCACUACAGCUCAUAAGACUAUGUCUUUGCCAGAGCCAUUUUGGAGAGGAGUGGCCCCUAAAAUAUUAUCAGAAGUUAAAGCAAUAUGCUUCUGUAGAAAACAGCCUUUGCAAUGGCUUGAUAUAAUGUCUUUAUGGUAGAAAUUCCACUGAUUGCGCUUUAGGGGAAUCACAGUACUCUUAAUUUUUUUUAACCAUUUUUUAAAAUUCAAAUGAAAGUAUCCUGGACCAUAAAUGCAUGUCUGGCAUCAGUGACUAAACAAACAGCUUGAAGACUUCUAAAUAUCCUAACUGUAGAUCCCUCCAACUGUCACAGACAUUUGGAGCUAAGGCAACCCCUUUCCAAGAUGGCGCCCAUGUUGGUGCUAGAGGCCAGAAUGCAGCAUCUACAUGCAGUGUCUAUGCUCUGAUUACUGUUUAAGUUUGCUUUUUGAAAUAUCUAUCUAAAAAAUAUAUAUCUGAAAAACCCAACCUGCAGUCCCAUACAGAACAAGAAAUAGCAAUUUUGUAAUAGUUCUGUUCUUCUUGCUUUUAAUUUGAAUCAAUUUUCUGCUUGAAGUUAUUGGGAUGUAACAUCUUACCUUGUUUCAGUACUUUACGUCAGACAAGGCAAUUAUUCUUAAAGGCAAAAGUCAAGUAUCUUGACAUGUAUCAAAUGUUUGUUUUUCUGUGGCAUUUCGUUGCUAGACCGUCUUCUGCCCUUUAAAUACUUCCUGUCUAUGUAACGGUUUUAGAUUUGAGCUUUCAAUGUGGUCACAGCCUAACUUUAAUUUUUAAACGUCUGUCGGUCUAAUGAGUGUGUAUCCGCCGCUACCAACAUGUACUACCAACUGAACGCACACUGGCUCUGUUAUGGCCUUAUGAACAGAGCUCCUCAACCUGCUCUCCCUUUUCAGAAGUGUCUUGAUUGAAACAUGGGGGGCAAUGCAAUCCUUAAAACACGUCGAUGACCGUACCACGAGUGCCGGGACGAUUGUACUCUAAUGUAGAAAGCACACAGUGGGGCGGGGUUGGCAGAUCCUCUCCGAACGUUCGCCUUGCUCUUCAGACUUGACAGUGUAAGCUACAUUUACCGAUGCAGAAGGAGAUUCCAGAUGACUUUUGAACCCCCGGAGAAGUGCAGUCGAGCAAAGCCUCUCUUUGGACAACUGAGCUCUUAAUCUCAUUGGCAGGCAGGGAAACAGGCGGUGUGUUUUACAUCAGAGGAGGAGAAAUUAAAAGAUGAUCAUAGAAAGCUGCUUUUCUCCACACAGCUGAGGUCACACAUGACACUCAACAAAAGGAAAUAACCCUCAUUUUAUCCACUUAAAGGACCCAGAUCCCUCACUACCCAGCUGUCUCUGCAGGACGAUAAUCGCCUCUGUUAUUUCCUGAUGUGAAUCUUUGUUCAUUUACAGUAGAAGGGUACAAACUAACUGAAGCACUUAAACAUGAUAAACCCUUGAAAGCUGUAGCUGUAGAUCCUUGAAAACCAGAGAAGACUAAGUUGAGCUUUAAAGAAAUGAAGCACAACUGUGUAAAAUGUGUUAAAAUGUCUGUUGGUCUCAGUCAAGAGAUCUAAUGUUUAGACCAUGUAUACAUGUCACUGAUCUGCUCAAAUCAGAGUCAAUUUUUGCUUUAAAUAUGUUCAAUCUUGAAAUGGAAAUUUCCUAACAGCCACUUACAUUUUAAUCAUGAUUAAUCCCACAAUAUCUGUGGUAAGUGUGAUUAAAUGGCAAAGGAACUUGUGAUGGACUAAUAAGGAACAAGGAAAUAGAGAAAUGACAAGGUACCAGGAGUGUCCCAGGUAGAUUUUACUAAGUGGAGACAGUUGCAUAUAAGAAUGUGCAUAUCUUUGACUGAUAUAUGAUAUACGACUGAUAUAUAAUAACUCUGACUUUUGUCAUCACAGAAGCAAAACUAUUAGGCUCAAAGCUUGCCAAAAGAAAACACCACACUUCUGUUUCUUUGCAUUCAAAAUAAAAGCACUAAAUGCCAUAUUUCUUUACAGGAUUAGUCUGAAAUUCACAGGGCAGAGAAUGAAACGUGCAAUGUGGACAGCGAGCAGCAUGCUCACAGAGGAAAUCAGUAGUUCUGCUUCUUGCAUUUAAUCCAAUAUAAGAAAAUAAGCCGACCCUACAGGGUAGUGACGGUUUCUGGGUCUCUUCAGCACAUAUAACAAACUCCAUCUGCAUCCCAUCCUUGCUCAGAAAUACAUAUCAUAAGGGAAACCAGAGCUGUUUUUUUUUGUUUUUAACGUGUUUGAAUGUGAAUAAUGUCCUGGAGUCUGUCAGAAGAAUGAUAUGCAGUGUUAAGGAAAUCUUACUUCUAUCUCAAUGUAACAUAAGAAAUGCCCUCCCUCCGCUCUCUCUCUGUCUUGCUCUCCUGGUGAGAGGUGAUGGGAGGCAUCUUGGUGUAUUUGGUUUUUUUCUUGUUUUGUUUUCUUGAAGAUGGAAAACCUUCACAGCCGAAGAAUGUCCACAUCCACCCCUGAAGCAUCAGGCUCCGCCCUCAGGCGCCUGACCGCCACAGGGUCUGUUAUCUGUUCCUUUAGGAAACAGCUUCACAAUGCUGAAUUACUCUUGUUCGUUUCUGUUGAAUGUUGUACCGACGUAACUGUAAUACUCUACUAUCUAGCUCACUGCAGAGAUGUUAUAUAAAUGGUGUGUGCUUUGCAUUCCAAUUGGCAGCUCUGUGGAAAAGACGCUCUGUUUUUCUGUCCUUGGGAACAUCAACACAUCCAAGAGGAAUUAAAAAAAAAAAAAAAAAAAAAAAAAAAGGAUAAGGAGCUGGAACUCUGUGGGCUGACCCGAGCUCCACAUGACACAAACGUUUGAUUUAAGACAGAAAGAGAAGCCCACGAGUGGAAGAGAUGGACGACCAAGUCACCUCAGCAGAUAUCUUUGAUAUGUUCUGUUACUGUUUCAUGUCAAACAACAGAGCUGCUCCCCCUUCUCCUCUUCAGCCAGGGAGCCAAUCAGCUGUCGUCAAUCAAUCAAACCCAAUCAAUCGGCAGCUGUUUGGUUAACAGGUCAACUAAUGAAGUAGGGUUAGACCGAUACGGGGCUUUAAAACUGGACAUUUUUUAAUUUAAAUUGGUAUAAUCAAUAUUUUCUUCCAAUUAGCGCAGCUUAAUGUUUAAACCCAUUUCUUUCAUAAUAGGUCGAACAAAAGGCCUUUCAACUGCACCAAGAUGGCUUAAAUACACCAAGCAGUCAAUAUUUAAUACAAAGUCUAAGUCAAUUUUGAAAGUUAUUACAAACUCAGAGAUUUUUACCCAAUUCUGCUGUGUCGUAGCUUCUUGUUUUUCUGACUUGUAUGAUUCCAAGAUGGUCACCUCUUUUUAUGACCCAAUAGUCAACAAAGAAAAAAACAAUAGCUUAUUCAUUUUAAAAGGAAUAAACAGCUAAAGCUAAAUCCCAAGUAGGAUGCUUAUUUAGAGGUAUAGUAUAAAAAUUCAACACGAGCCCCAGGUAUUGGUCCAACCCUAGUUAAAGGAGCCAGGAAACCCGACUGUGAACCUCAGAAUCAAUCAUUCGCAGCAGCUCUGUUGUCGUUUGUCCUGAAGGUGUUCUUGGUAAAAACCACAAACUGUCCACAGUCGCCUUUUUUCCAUCAUCAGACGUCACCACCAAUCACAUGCAGUGUUGUAUAGUCAUGUUAAUAUAAGACAUAAGGGUGGGGGGGGGGCAGCGGU